GUAAUCAUUUAUCAUGUUUUUGGUGAAUAAUAUUUUCAUAUAAUUUAGAAUUUUAGAAUACUAAAAAUAAAAUAAUGUUAAACUUGUUACUAUAGCGUUGAACAUUCAUCUCGCAGGAGUUGUAAAUACGCUCAAAACAGAUAAAUUCAAUUGAUCAACCUUUGUAUUCCUUACAUUAUUAAUAAUUUCUUAACUCUAAGUAUGCAUCCUGAUUUGUCACCACACCUGCACACUGAAGAAUGUAAUAAUUUCACCAUGGAAUUUAAAAACUGUAAUGUAGAGCAUAAAGUGUUGAGGUUUGUUGGCAGAUGUGAUAAAAUCUAUGAUCGAAUGGUCCACUGUUUUCACUUAGAGCGACAAGCCAAGCGUCAAAAAAAUAAUGAAGAAGCAAGAAAACAUCAAGAAUUAGUGAGACAAAGGAUGUUAGCUGAAAUGAGAUCAGACAGAGAAAAAGGAAUUGAGAAUUGAGAUGUACUAUUUGUUGUGUAUAGGUUUAGGUAUAAAUUAAUGUAAAAAAUAAAAUAUAACAGUUUAUAAUUGUGA